GCGGCACUGUGCCCGGCGUGUCGGGAAGAGUUGCGGAAGCAUUCGCAGUGGUGGAGGAGCAGAUGAAGAAGACUAAGAAGAGGAAGUGCCAAAAGCUGAAGCGUUGGUGCCAGUGUGGAGAACUGCUUUUGCAUCAGCAGAAUCAGUUCUCCAAACUGGCACCAACGUUUCAGAAUUUGGCAGUCGAGGGCAUCCUGAUCUUGCAUCCAAAUGAUGUGCAGCGCGUCCAUGAGACGAACUUGGGCAAGCGACGGGUGGCAAUGGAAUUGUUGGCUGGGCAUUCUUUUUUGGAUGCCCACUUUGUGCGAUCCCUUUUACCUGACCCUUUGGACCGUGCACUUGCGAGCAAGAGACAAUGGGAGACGGCGGCCUGGGGAGCUCGAGCUGGUCGCCGACGUCGCGGCCGAUCCAGGCAUGAAAGGGCCCAAGCACCUGUGACUCCGCCCAGACAGCAGCAGAGGACUGUGACGCCACCCGGUCAAAGAGCGCAGAAACCCACACCAAACCCACAAUCAAUCAGGGUACAGAAACCAAAAAUAAACCCAGACGACGAGGUGGUCUAUGUCCGGGUUCCGUUCAGUUUGAAAGACCUGCCUCAGGGCACCUACAAAAGCCAGUUGGAGUGGUGUGAGACCGUGGGCGUGCGUUUUGUCUUUCGACAUCAUGGAGCGAGCAAAAAACACAAAUGGGACUCUAGCAGAAUCACUUUGCAAGGGCCCCAGGCACACCACGCGUGGUCGGUCUUGCUCAAGGAGUACAAGGAGAUCCUCCCCGCACCUCUAUGGAAAAAAGUUUCAAAGGUGGGCAUCCUCUACAUCCGUGGUAACUACGACGGCAAGAUCGACGAUGAGUUGAAAGACGAAUCGGAUGAGGAUUCCGAGGUUGAUUUCAAAGACGAACCAAAAGAUGAUGUCACCAAGUUGCCCUUGAAAAGCUUCGAGAAGGAGGGGCCCCCUGAUGAUGACGAUGAGGACGAGUCCGAGGACGAGACUGAGACGAAGCAGGAACUGGCUGGUGACGGUGGGUCCCCCCCAGGUGCUGGUGACGGUUGGUCCCUCCCAGCCGUCAAGGUCAAGGAAGAAGCCGUCGACUAUGAGGACGACGAUGCCGGAACAGCGCCUGCGGUCCCCGGAGAAGAGCCUGUCAAUGAUGACGUGCCUUCGCCUGCCGAGACCGAAAGUGAAGUGGAGACAUUGCCGGGAGGGCAUGUGAGACUGGUUGCUGGGAUGCAGCCCGUCAGUAAGUUUAUGUCCACUGCUCCUACAUCCGUGGUGACUCCGGCUGCUUCGUUCCAG